UCCAUUUCCCAGCAGGCUCCAGGCGGUGGGCGCCGCGGUGCCUUGUGUGGGAUGCCGAGGCCCGCCGCCAUGGGGCUGAAGGCCGCCCAGAAGACUCUGUUCCCGCUACGCUCGAUAGACGACGUGGUGCGCCUGUUCGCAGCCGAGCUGGGCCGAGAAGAGCCGGACCUGGUGCUCCUAUCCUUGGUACUGGGCUUCGUGGAGCAUUUCCUAGCUGUCAACCGCGUCAUCCCCACCAAUGUGCCCGAGCUCACCUUCCAGCCCAGCCCCGCGCCCGACCCUCCUGGCGGCCUUACCUACUUCCCAGUUGCUGACCUAUCCAUCAUCGCUGCGCUCUAUGCACGCUUCACCGCCCAGAUCCGAGGUGCCGUCGACCUGUCUCUGUACCCCCGAGAGGGGGGUGUCUCCAGCCGCGAGCUGGUGAAAAAGGUCUCCGAUGUCAUCUGGAACAGCCUUAGCCGCUCCUACUUCAAGGAUCGGGCCCAUAUCCAAUCCCUCUUCAGCUUCAUCACAGGCACCAAACUGGACAGCUCUGGUGUGGCCUUUGCUGUGGUGGGGGCCUGCCAGGCUCUGGGUCUCCGGGAUGUCCACCUGGCCUUGUCUGAGGACCAUGCCUGGGUUGUGUUUGGGCCCAAUGGAGAGCAGACAGCUGAGGUCACCUGGCAUGGCAAAGGCAAUGAGGACCGAAGGGGCCAGACAGUCAACGCUGGUGUGGCUGAGCGGAGCUGGCUGUACCUAAAAGGAUCAUACAUGCGCUGUGACCGCAAGAUGGAGGUGGCAUUUAUGGUGUGCGCCAUCAACCCUUCCAUUGACCUGCACACCGACUCCCUGGAGCUGCUGCAGCUGCAGCAGAAGCUGCUCUGGCUGCUCUAUGACUUGGGACAUCUGGAAAGGUACCCCAUGGCUCUGGGGAACCUGGCAGAUCUGGAGGAGCUGGAGCCCACCCCUGGCCGGCCAGACCCACUCACCCUCUACCACAAGGGCAUUGCCUCAGCCAAGACUUACUACCGGGAUGAGCACAUCUACCCCUACAUGUACCUGGCUGGCUACCAUUGUCGCAACCGCAAUGUGCGUGAAGCCCUGCAGGCCUGGGCGGACACGGCCACUGUCAUCCAGGACUACAACUACUGCCGAGAAGAUGAAGAGAUCUACAAGGAGUUCUUUGAAGUAGCCAAUGAUGUCAUCCCCAACCUGCUGAAGGAGGCAGCUAGCCUGCUGGAGGCUGGCGAGGAGCGGCCAGGGGAGCAGACCCAGGGCACCCAGAGCCAGGGGUCUGCUCUCCACGACCCAGAGUGCUUCGCUCAUCUGCUUCGGUUCUACGAUGGCAUCUGCAAGUGGGAAGAAGGCAGUCCCACGCCUGUGCUUCACGUGGGCUGGGCCACCUUCCUUGUGCAGUCCCUAGGUCGUUUCGAAGGACAGGUGCGGCAGAAGGUGCGAAUCGUGAGCCGAGAGUCGGAGGCGGCUGAGGCGGAGGAGCCCUGGGGUGAGGAAGCCCGGGAAGGCCGGCGGAGAGGCCCCCGGAGGGAGUCCAAGCCCGAAGAGCCACCGCCGCCCAAAAAGCCGGCGCUGGACAAGGGCCCAGGCGCCGGGCAGGGCAUGGUGCCAGGACCCCCCCGGAAGCCCCCAGCCACAGUCCUGAGCACUGCCCGUGGCCCGGAAGGCGGCAGCACAGCUCCAGCGCCUGCGCCUGCCGCGUCGCCGCCACCGGAGGGUCCAGUGCUCACUUUCCAGAGCGAGAAGAUGAAGGGCAUGAAGGAGCUGCUGGUGGCCACCAAGAUCAACUCGAGCGCCAUCAAGCUGCAGCUCACUGCGCAAUCCCAAGUGCAGAUGAAAAAGCAGAAGGUGUCUACACCCAGCGACUACACUCUUUCCUUCCUUAAGCGGCAGCGCAAGGGCCUCUGAACUGUGCACUAAGACUCCCUGUCAGCGCACGGGAGCUGGCCCUCAGUCCCUAUUGGCUCUUAGUCCGGUUCGAGGCCGUCCAGGAGCCCAGGCUCCACUCCAGACAGUGGAGCCUAGCCUGCCUCCAGGCCUCACCCCUACCUGAAAUUGAGGCUCGGGUACCCGGGUCCCAGAGUCUGUCUCUACCCCAGCGCUCGUCAUUGGAAUAUAGAUCUCAUCCCCCAGCAUCCCAGCUGGCCAAUUGAAACCUCACCUGGGCCCCAUAAAUGUCCAAUCACAGGAAAGUCAGACCCCACCUCCGAACCCAGGUUCUAACCAGUGUUGCUCUGGGUAGCUCUCAGCCCGUGGGGCUGAAGUUUCACCCUAAACUCUAGAUGCGCAGGUCCCGCCUCCAGCCUGGAGAACAUUUCCUCCCUUGGGAAUCUAAACCCCCUACCCCAAAGAAUUUAAAAGGGGGGGCUUCCAGAAUUUGGAACCCUAGCUUCCUCCCCUCUCUAUCCCACGAGUCCCGGAUAUGUAACUUACCCAGCCUGUGUGAAUCCUGAGCUCCGCCUCCUUCCUGACCAACUGGCUCCAGAUCAGAGCAGACCUCUCUCCUGACCCUCUGGGAACCUUCCCUAGGUCCCGCCCCUCUCAGGGGACCCCGGAGGAAAUCUGCAGGGGUUUGCGAGUGGGUGAGGGGAACCUGAUCUCUGUUUUGUACAUAGAUUUAUUUUUCAGUUCCAAGGAAGAUAAAUACAUUUUGUAAAAAAA